AUGGCAGCAAAAACCCCCAUUUUCACCGACCAAGCCCCCGCACCGUUCCCGAUCUUCUCGCAGGCGAUCGUCCACAAAGACACAGUCUACUGCUCCGGCAUGAUCGGACUGGAUGCAAAGUCCAACACUCUGGUGACCGGUGGAGUGGAAGAACAGACAGAGCAAUUACUGCGCAAUCUGGAUCUGGUCCUCCAGGCAGCCGAAUCCGGGCUGCAGAACAUUCUCAAGAUGACCGUUUUCAUCACCACCAUGGAUGACUUUGCUGCGAUGAAUCGUGUUUAUGCACGACACUUCUCUGUACCCAUGCCGUGUGACCGUGCCAAGCCCGUGUGCUCGACGUGUGAGCGCUCUCGCAGCCUAUGCGACUAUCAAAGGCCCAACAGAACCCCUUUGACCCGAAGAUAUUUGACGCAGCUGGAGAACGAGCUCAACCAUGCGCGGACUCUCUUGCGAGACACCCGACGGGAAGAUCAAUUGCCUGCGCGCCUGAGUCCCGACAAUGAUGACCUCGGUUCACAGCCACCCGACACCAGCGCUGCAGUCGAUCCGGGCUCAUCUUUACUCAAGACGCGGCAGACAGAGCGCUGUCUCCUCCUGCCCCCCGAAGUUGCACCUCCAGUCGCCAGUUUUGAAUGGGAUGAGCGGGAUAGCACUCUGCAAGACGCCUCCGAGGCACCCGUCAAGCUUUCCGGUGGCGGUUAUUUUGGCAUCGCCUCCACUAGAGCUUUCCUGCGCACGACCGGUCACCAAGAUGAAGCUUACCCGCCAAUGACCAUAGCAUGCUCUCCACAGACUAUAUCGGAGCCUUCCGUGCCUUUGCCUUUAUCGUCGAUCGGCCAAUAUGUGGAUGCAUACUUUGUUCAUUGUCACCCGUUGCACCCGUUCCUACACGAGACUGCAUUCCGCGCCCAGUUGAUGGACUUGUACCCGCGACCGUCACGGCCGUUGUGGGAGAUGCUCCUCUAUGCGGUGGCUGCGCUGGGAGCCUUUGCAGUCUCCUCCCCGACGGAUGACACCACCGAUCGGGGAUUCUUCGAGGCGGCCAAGGCACGCUUCUCCAGCGACGUGAUGGAGACGGGCAACAAGACCCUGGUUCAGGCCCUGACCCUGAUGUCCCGAUACUUGCGCAUGCGAAACAAGCUCAACGCCAGUUACAACUACCUGGGGCUGGCGAAUCGGACCGCGAUCGGGAUCGGGCUGUACAAGGAGUUCCCGACGCCGGAGAGCAACCCUUUCUACCAGGAAGUCCGCCGACGCGUGUGGUGGAGCCUGUACACGUUCAACCUGGAAGAUGCGAUCGCAUUUUCCCGCCCGCAAGACUUCCCCCAAGCCGGGGUCGAAGUCAAUCUGCCUCUAAACAUUCAAGACCUAGACCUAACCCCGAGCACCCCCGCCAUCCACGCCGAAGCAAACCAGACCAUCCUAUACUCCGGUCUCAAAUUUACAGCCGCCUUCUACUCUACUAUCAGCAAGGUGUACAGCAGCAUCACGACCAUCCCAUACCCGCGCGCCCGGGAGCUGCUCCAUUACGACGAUACCCUCAUCCACGAUUGGGAGGCCUCCCUCCCCGCGUUCUACCGCAGCACCGCCCCCCAGGAAGCCCGAUACAGCCUCGCCCACGCCCUGCUCUUCUGGCGCCGCCUCAACUUCCAGAUCCUCAUGUACCGCCCCUUCAUCGUGUGGCAUUACACCACGCGACACAGCGUCAGUCCUCCGAAGCUCCCCGCAGACCCCGAGAGCGUCCAGGAGGCCAUCCAGCGCUGCCAGCGCGCCGCGGACGAAUCCAUCCGGGCGAUCGCCAAUUUCUGGUUUCGGGGGAAGCAUCAGCAGCGCAGCGCGUUGGAGGGGUGGUAUGCCCUCCAAUUUAUCUUCCCCGCUGUCCUGAUUCCGGUGAUGUCUGUGCGGAACGAGUCGUCUGGGGCGGCGGCGGCGGUGGCGGGAUGGCGCGAGCGGAUCCACCAGGCUCUUGAGGUGAUGGAUUCCGUGGCGGAGGUGUUGAAGUCCGCGACGCUGCAGGGGCGCAUCGUGCGGAGUCUCUGUAGCGGUGUGGUGGAGUUGAAUACUGGGUCGGAUGUGGUGGGCCUAGGGCAGGGGAAUCCGCUCCCUUCCGCGGACCUGGAAUACGGUGCGGCGGCGGCCUUCUUGGCGACUCAGCAGAUGUUGUAAGUUCGGAUCCUCUCCACUCUUUCAUUGCUGCAAUUGAUCAAGAGCGCUGACACCGUCUCCCUUGGGCGGGGAAUACAGCCCCGAGUACCUCGAUCUUGGGGAGUUGACCAUGUACUCUGAUUUUCUUUGAGUGAGUCCUGGAUUCGUCUUUCAGAUGAUGGUUUGGAGACAUGUCAGAUAAUCCAGAUUGAACUUUGCAUCUUGUCUGAGGCGUCAAUCACGAUCGCUCCACUUGAAUAUCAUACGGUCUCGGAG